CCUGAAGAGGACCAAAAGCUGAUUUAUUCUGGGAAGCUGUUGCUUGAUCAUCAUUAUCUGAGAGAGUUGCUGCCAAAGCACGGGGAGUUGCAUGCUCUGCAUUUGGUAUACAACUUCAAGACUCCUGCAAAUGUGCCAGAAACCAAUGCGGAGGUUAAAGCUGAUCAGCUGAAAAUAUUGUCAGAAGCCAGUGAAGAACCAUCUGUAUCUUCCUCAAAUGGUGAAAGACUGAGGUGCUCUUCUGGUGGCCAGUCUUCAGCAGAAGCCAGUAACAGGCUGGAAACAACUCGGCAUCCCUUCCAAAACGUGGCUCCUGGCUUCUCGGCUUAUACAACCUACAGCAUGCUUCAGAUGUCCUGGCUCCAGCAGAUUUAUGCAAGGCAAUAUUACAUGCAAUACUUGGCUUCUACGGCUGCAUCUGCUGACCCCUCCCAUGCACGACAUCUGCAGGACACACCGGUGGCACCAGUGACACCUCCGGCUCCUCUCCCAGACCCAUUUCCUGCACAAAAUCAGCCUGGAAACCAGAAUGCUGCUGCCCAGGUUAACGCAGUGGCCAACCAGAACUUGCGGAUGAACGCCCAAGGGGGUCCCCUCAUGGAGGAAGAGGAGGAGGGUGGCAAUCGAGAUUGGUUGGACUGGCUCUACUCAGCAACACUGUUCUAUGUUUUUGUCAACAUUAUCUAUUUCUACUCCAGUGUCAGCAGAUUCCUCCUGGUUAUGGGUGGCACUGUUCUGAUGUACCUGCACCAUGUUGGAUGGCUUCCAUUUAGACGAAGACCAGUUCAGCCCUUCCCAGGCAAUGUUCCUCCCCGUGCUGCUAUAAACCAGGACCAGAACAAUAACUUACAGGAGGGAAAUGCAGGCAGAGCAGAUGAACCUGAGGCAUCUCCUGAUGAGGGACGAGUUCUACAAGAACUGCAGCAGGCCAACCCUUCAUUUAUGAGCACAGCAUGGGUUUUUUUCAAGACUUUCUUUGCAUCCCUCCUUCCAGAAGGGCCUGGAGUGACCCGCAACUGA